UUUGAAAAAACAAGAUUUGAAAAAACAAGUAUGAAAACAAGCAAGUCUGAGAGAAGGCUGUCUGCCAACUACAAGAGUCAUCUCUUCUCAGAAAGUAACAAGGAAAGUCCAAGUACCAGCACAAGUGAGAAAAGCUGGAUCCUCAACUCUCAGAAAAAAACAGCACCUAAGAUAGCUGAUUAUACUCAUAAAAGGCAAAGGGUCAGAAGUAUUUUAAAAGUCUUGCCAUUGUCUUCUCAAAGUAGUGACAGUGGUCAUCAUGAAAAAAAGGUGGGGAAUUCAGCACUGCAUCGAGAAAAAACAAAGAAGAGAAUGAAGUCAAACACAAAUGAACAUAGUGUUGGUGUUUCUUCAACUCCUUUUUCACAUGUUAGACAAAAUGGCUUGGAAAUGGUGGAUGCCACUUUGCCAUUAAACAGCCCUUCUCCAUCCGAUUACGCAGUUGCUGGAGGAUCCACGAAAUAUGAAGCUGCAACAACUGCUCUACUUCAGAAGGAUAACGUCCCCAAAGCUAAGCGGAAGCUUCCAGACUGGUCUCCUGAUCUCAAUAGGAAGGACUCAAAAUGCACAGAGAGGACACCUAGUAGUGAGCAGUCAACUAGCAUUCCUUUUGAACCAAGGAAACUUUUUAACUCCAUAGAGAUGGAAGAGGAGACUCCAAAAGGCCAGCAUCUGGAUAAUGAUGAUGAGUUUGUCUCCAAAAUAUUAGAGGAAGAAAUUGGUGGCUCAGGAGUCGUUGCUGCAUUUGAAAGAUUUAACAGUGACUUGAAAAAAAUGUUUUGGUCUAGGCACAAGACAAUUGAGAAUUACACUCAAAAUUCCUUGAAGGCUCCAGAGCAGAAAUUAUCAGCAUUAUUGAAUCAGAUCCAUCAGAGCCGGCUGAAUCAACUGGGAAACUUCCACAAGAUUGUUCUCCGGGAACUCAUCAGUCUUGAGAAGAAAACACAGUUUCUCGCGAGUCUUGAAAAGGAUACAGUGGAAUUCUGGACUGAGCAAUCAAAAAAACUGAAAAGUAAACUGAAUGUUUUUUGCGUUCAUCAGAUGCAAAGGAUAAAAUCUAUGGAUUCAGUGCUGGAUGAACAAGUGAGCUUGGACAGCACAGCCCAAAUGUAAAGCUUCAAAAAGUAGGAAAUGACAAGGAAUUGUGAAGCCAAGCUUUUGUUGUUGCUUCCUACCAAUUAAAAUUGCACCAUGAAAAC